UUUCUGCACAGAGGCUUCCACCAUCCUCGCAAGAUGCAUAUGAAUAGCUUAUCAAAUCAAUGGACGGACAUCACCAGAAUGUGUGAUGUGGACGUGAACCCCGAGCCCACCAGUCCCACCCAGUACGGCGAGUCUUCCGACAAGUACUACCAUGAGGACCGCUGGCAGAAGCUCCGCACAGCUGUCAGAAAACUGGAGUUCUGGGAAAACUUUACUGCUGAGCUGAUCGGGACUGGCUUCUUCUCCAAAGUCUAUAAGGUGAUGCACAGCACCAGUCGGAAGGUGAUGGUGGUGAAGAUCUACAAAAAUGACGUGGACCAGGACAGCAUCGUACGAGAGAUCAGCCUGCUGCAGAAACUCUCCCACCCCAACAUUGUCAGAUAUCUUGGAAUCUGUGUGAAAGAAGACAGACUCUAUCCAAUCUUAGAGUAUAUGAACGGGGGCUGUCUGGAGGAGCUUCUGGUCGGGAAAGAUGUUCCACUGUGUUGGAGAGAGAAGGUGGAGCUGGCCUGUGAUAUAAGCAGAGGAAUGAUCUACUUGCACUACAAGAACAUUUACCACAGAGACCUCAACUCCAAGAACUGUCUGAUCCGGGUGACGUCUCGAGGUCGGGAGGCUCUGGUGACCGACUUCGGCCUGGCCAGGGAAGUGGUGGAGCCGCCAGUCAAAGACCCCGGCAGGAAGCUGUCCCUGGUGGGCUCCGCCUUCUGGAUGGCCCCUGAGAUGCUCCGAGGAGAGCCAUACGACCGCAAGGUGGAUGUUUUCUCCUUCGGAAUUGUUCUCUGUGAAAUUCUGGCCAGGAUCCCAGCGGACCCAGAGAUACUACCCAGAACACAGGACUAUGGGCUGGAUGUGAAUGCAUUCAGGGAGCUGGUGACUGGUUGUCCUCCACGUCUCCUGGAGUUAGCAGCCAGCUGCUGUAUGGUGGAGUGCUUCAGACGGCCAGCGUUCACAGAGCUGCUGGAUGAGUUGGGGGAAGUUGCUGAGAGUCUGGAGCUGCUGCCAAAAUCUGACGUGACCACGAGCUGAGGGGUCCGUGUGGGAUGCCCCCCCCCCCCCCCAUCGGGAGUGUGGGUGAGUGAGGGCAGGAAGCUGACUGACCCUGAGUCCAUCCCUCUCUCUACGACACAAGGCACCUCCAUGGAGUCACUUAACUGAAGUGGUUUUUACAGGAGACUCCUCCGACGUCUCAUGGACACUUUGCUUUGACACGUUCUGUGUUCAAAGGAAUAGUUCUUCUGCAAAAUGUCUUAACGGAUUCUUCUUCCUCGGCGGAGUGUUUGCUUUCUCAGUCUGUUGGUGUGUUUGCAUCCUCUUCUAUCUACCACAGGUCAUCUUCUUAUAUAAUGGGAUAAAAAACGAAUCAUGAACGAAUCAGAAGCUGAACAGAUUUGAUGGAUUUGAAAAGAAAGAGACGUCAACCUCAAACAUCAGCAUCACAUUUUAUAUUCGUGGUCAUAUUUUUGAUGUUGGUCUUAUUUUAAGAUAUUUAUUAGUUAGAUUAUUUUGGAAUGACACUAAGAACCUGUAACAUAUCAGCUUUUCGUGAACAAAGGAAGCGCUGCUCCAGGCCUUGUUUCAGCGUGAUGAAUUAGCAUUUAUUAGAUAUUCUGUGGAUUUUGCUUCAAAGAACCAUACAGUUCUCAAUAGUGAAAUAACAAGAAGUGGUUGUUUUUAAUAGCAAAAUGCACAUUUUAUUUAUCUCUUUUUUUCCAUUGGUCAUAAGAGUUAAUUAAGUUACCUAACUUACUGAACAUGAGCGUGUUAAUAUUUAAGAUCUUUCUUUUUCUGACUUAUUUUAAAAAUUCUGCCACCUUUUGGGGGUUGUUGAAAGGGUCCACAUUCCUUUUAUUUUACCAAUAUUUACUACUUUCUGCUUUGUGUGUGUCUGCAAUAUAAAAUGACCUUAAAUACACCAUCCUAUUCAAAGAGAUUCUUCCAGGUAUAUUUAACUCAAAGUUCAGAGAUACAGGUUUAUUUUUGCUUGAUGUAAAUAGAACAUUUAAAUACAGGUGUUACACAAAAACACAAGUAGGCUUCUACAUACAGGAAUAAAACUACAUUUGGAAAGUCACUCACGAAUGGGAAGAAAUGAUCAAUUUACCAGUUAUCAAGGGGGUUUUCUACAUUUAAGGUGGACUAUUCACUUUAAACGCCCAUUUCAUAGGCUGCGUAGGUUUGAAAGCUACAGUGAAGACAUUGGUAUCAUAUGAAUGAGAAAGGUAUCCAUUUCCACAAUGUAAUGCUAAAAAGUUAGGCAACUUUUUGGCGAAGUUAAAAACUGGCAUGGCCGUGUUCACAGGGGUCCAUUAACCACUCACCUCAAGAUAUCUGGCUCCAUGGAGCACCACAAGCCGUAAACGGUGUAUUUGCAUAUGUCUGCAUGCUAGAAAUCGCUAAGCAGUCCUGGGAAAUUGGGUAGGACUUGAAAGCUGAGAUUCUUGUGGAUCCAAUGAGUCCAACGUGGAAUGAUGCUGGUCCCAGUUGCAGUGAGACCAUUUUUUUAACUGGACAUUGCUGUAUAAAAUGACCUAUUGUGAGCUGAUAGCUAGGAACCACAGAAUGAGGACAUUCCGGCAGUGGCUCAGUCAGUAGGGGAUUGGACUGUGAGCUGUAGGGUCGCCGGUUCAAGUCCCCGACCAGACCUAAAUAUGGAGUGUGGACUGCUACUUGGAGAGGUCCCAGUUCACCUCCUGCCCUGCCGUGGUGCCCUUCAGCAAGGCACCGGACAUCCCCCUUCCCCCCUCACUCCCAUUGCUCCCCGGGCGCUGUACAAUAGCUGCCCACUGCUCCUAGUACUAGGAUGGGUUACAAGCAGAGAACACAUGUCACUGUGUGUGCUGUGUGCUCUGCAUGUGUGACCAUUAAAGAGGGUUUCAUCCCUCCCAAUAUUAUAUUAUUCAGUAUGGUUUUCUUUGACAUAUUGACAGUAAGUGGGUUUCUAAAGAAAUGGUCAGAAGUUUAUGAUCCUUUAUCCCAGGAUGACUUUUUCUAUCAUUUUUCAAGGUCUUAAUGUGGAAAUUUGGAGGGGGUAAAAAAUGUAAUGUGGCUCCUGAUCUGUGUAACAAAUGUUUUAAACCCCCAAAAAUGUCUGCACAAACUGAAAGGAAAUGAUGGAGCAUGAGGAUGGCCAUCAUAUAGUUGCACCAUAUAUUAUAAGCCCUUAUGCACUCUACACUUAUAACUUGAAGUGGUGCCUAACCUACAAUGUUUACAUUGUUUAUUCCCGAUGUAUUACUAUAAUUACAUUUCUGGAUUAUAAUCAAAUUACAUAAAUUGUAUAUUUUGCAGUUGGUAAAGGUGGAAAUGACUUUUUAUUGGGGAUCGUAGUCCAUAUUUGUAUAUCAUAAUGUAUUAGUUGGUUUAUAUUGUAUUGAUAAACUGAACCUGGAAGGUAACCAUGGUUGUUAAUAAAUGUAGUGGUGUAAGAAGUACAAUUUUGCUUGCAAAAUGUAAAUGUGGAGAGGUAUUAUAAAAUGGAAAUACUCAAGUAAAGUACCUUAUACUUAAGUAUAGUACUUGAGUAAAUGUACUUUGUUUCUUCCACUAGACAGGAUUCCUUAAACUGAGUCGACACAACUAACUGGCCAUAAAGAUGGAUAAGUAACUGAUAGAUUUAAUGUUUUGUUUUGUUUUCUUCCACAGUUUUCCAGUGUUUGAUUUUAGUUCACUGCACCAAAGUAAUGAUAAGACCUAUUAUAUAUUAUAUACUUAUAUAUAGACCUGAGAUUGAGUCUUAAUUUACAACAUCAUGUAUACAGGGUGAUAAUAGUGAUAGUAUAAAUAAGGUUGGGGGGGUUACUUUAAAAAUGCCUAUUACAAUUACUAGUUACCUGAAUGUAAUUUAAACGUAACCUAAUCUGAGUAUCAAAAUAUAAAAUUAAUGUAACCUGAUUACUUUUUAUCACUUUUUGAUUACCGCAAUAUCAAACACAAUGCAAAUAAAUACAAGGUGUUUUUACUUUACUUAAGUGUAUUAUUUAUGUAAGACAACAGAACAAUGAGAGGCCCUGCCAGUCAACACUAGUAUCUAAUAUUCAGGCUUGAACCUGUUCAUAGAAUAGUGUGUGUGAGCUUAACUGUGUGUAUUAAACUGAAACGGAGCAUUUUCUGUCAGCUCA